AUGUCUCAGCCCAAACAAAUUAACAUUGAAACUUAUUACAAGAUAGGAGCAGGACGACCUGCUCCUAAUGGCGAAUAUAGUCAAACAAUUACUUACAAGGGCAGAAUCAAACAAACAAUCAAUUUUAUUGCAGCAAAGACAAUAGAUAUAAAGAGAAUAGCAGAAGCGAAUAAUUUGUAUUUAUAUCUAGUUAACAAAGAUCAUCCGCAUAUCAUUAAAUUUUACGAAUGGAUGCGUACUGGAAAUCAUUACUGGUUUAUCAUUGAAUACUGUCCAGGAGGAUCCUUGUAUGAUCUUCUAGAGCAAGAUGUACGUCUUCCUGAGUCAAUUAUUAAGAUAUUUGCCACAGAUAUUCUAGAUGCGUUAUUUUAUUUACAUACACAAGGAAUUUUUCUGCGAGAUUUCCAACCGAGAAACAUUAUGAUAAACGAGUGUGGUAGCCUUAAAAUUUCUGAUUUUACCAGAGCAGAAUCUAUAGAUAAAAGGACUCCUCUUAAUCUUUUAUCGGAUCCAGAAAUGAUAGAAUAUUUAGCUCCUGAACUUCUCAUGGAAAAUGCCAUCGGAUCGUUCGCUUCCGACUUUUAUUCAUUUGGAGUUCUUUUAUACAGAAUGGGAGCAGGCCAAGUACCUUUUAAAGCAGCGCAGGCACAAGACCCAGACUCCCCUUUAUUUACAGAAGCUCCUCCUGUUCUUCCGGGUUAUUCUUCUGAAUAUAACGAUCUUGUUCAAGCUUUAUUAAGAAAGGAUCCAACGAAACGUCCUAAAUGGAAUGAAAUUAUUAAGCAUCCAUUUUGGGGUGACAUGUUGUCUAAAAUUCCGAAGUCAAAUUCACCAACAGAUUUCGAUUGCUCAAAACUACCAAAUCUUCCAACUUUCGACCCUACAGCACGAUCAUCAUUACUCAAAACAACAUCAACAAUCGUUGUUCCUAUAAAAGAUCUCGAAUCCGCAAGAAUUUCAACACAAUAUGCUCCAAAAUCAUUGGAGUCGCUUAUUUUAACUUCCGACUUAUUCCAACCUCAACCACUAUUCUUAAAUCCUGCAAUAGAAACUCUAAAUCUACCAGAAUAUCGAAUAGAAGAUCUUAAAAUUACAAACGACAUUACAUCAAAGAAUAAGACAGAAAUAAUCACAGCAUUUACAUCAUUACUUAAGAGCGUAAGAGAAGAACGCACAAGUCAAAAGAAAUACAAAUAUAUCUCAUAUCUUAUCUCGAAAACUCAAUUGGAUUACGUAUCAGAUGCGAUUGCAGAGACUGAAUCAUUCAGCUAUAUACUACAGAUGGCAGUAGAACUCAAACCAUCAACUGCCAGAGGAUUAUUAAUUUUAUAUGGCGGAAUUGCACGUAAUGCACACAAUAUAGCACCAGUAAACCUUACAGAAAAGGCUCUUCUACCUCUAAAGAUACUUAUGGAUAAAGAAUUGAAAGUAGCUCGCAAAGCAAUUUCCGCAUUAGGCGAAAUUGCCUUUUAUAUGGCCAGUACUAAAUCAGCAGUUGUAUUUCCUUCAUUCUUUGAGUCGUGUAUAACACAUUGCCUCAUUGGCACUAAGGAUGAUAUCAUGCAACACUAUGGUUUUCACAUAGUUUCUUGCAUUGCUCCAUUACAAAAAUGUUCGUCACUUUUUGACAUGAAAAAAUUGGAAGAAAAUUUGAUGAAAUUUAAAAUUUUAUCUCUAGAUAAGCCUGCAAUGAUAGAGAGAUAUGCGAUAGCCCUCUGCGAGAUCUAUCAAAACCACGAUGUGAAACCAUCAAAUGAAGACCAUUUGAAAGAGAUAAUUUCAAUACUUUUCAUGGUCCAAGGAAACUCGUCCGGUAGCUGCAAACAAUUAUCUCUCAUGUUGGCCGUUGCUGCAAAAGUUCCGCAAUUUUUGAAACCAGAAUUAGGAAAAUGCUUAGCAGAUACCUUCGAAGACUUGAAACUAAAGUCAUUACUAUGCGUUUGCCAUUGUUUCAGCGAUGAUUUGCAGAGCUUUUUGCAAAUUUCUUACAAAUUUUAUUAUGAAUUGGAAAAAUUCUCUAAAGAGAACUGGAGCGAAGUGGAAGUUGCCAGCCAAUGGACCGCACAGAUCGCUUGGAAGAUCUUAAAAGGCAACGAUCUGUCAUUAUAUCAAAUAAUUAUGCAAGCUUUGACAGUUAAGGUUUGCAGAGAGAAGAUGUGGACUGCGCAGUUCCAAAAGACAUCUUGCGACAGGUUACAACAGCUCGACUACAAUCAUCCUGAAGCCGUGAAUGCACUUCAAGUUUUAGAAGUCGCGGCGCAUGAAGGAGUAUGUAGUUUCGAACUGGUAACAUGUAUCAGUAAGGCUUUUGAGAGUUCUGAGAAGGAUACUCGAUUCUUAUCAUUAAAGAUUGUUGCUGACAUGAAUUACAGCAGUACACAGGUUAAUAAUGAUCUUGUACAGUUUGUAUUGGAUAAAAUACUUCCAUUGGCCCCUGAAAUGCUUCAAAACAAGCAAAUCAGCGAAGAAAAUUUAAUUGCUGAGCAAGUUUUGAAGAUUUUAUCAUUUACAGCCAACUCCGAUCACAACUGUGUUCAUUUGAUGGCGACACAGGACAUAUUACCCCAUGUUUUCGAGAGAUUAAGCACAAGUACAUCAGCAUUACUCUUAACCUACAACAUUGUACAGUUUUCAGGCGAAAUCAUUGACAAUUUCGUCAAAGCCGGCCUCUUGGAAGCAAUCUGCGACACAGUUCGUAACAAAGGAAUUCCAGAUUCGUUUGGAGUCCUUUUUGCACUGCUAAACCCCAUUGCAAAGCAGUUAUCCAAUAACCCAGAGAACCAACAAGUGCAGAACGUCAUACAAACUAUCACGAAAUUGGCUGAUUUAACUGUUUGUUGCGCGGAAAGGCUAUUUACUGGCCAUACAAAGGCUGUUUCGUGUUGUUUAGUUGAGAUAUUCAUAUUUUCAUCAUUGAACUCUGCAAAGAAGUGCUUAAUUGCUGAUGCUUUCCCUGCUUUGGCUGCAAGAUUAAGAGAUUCAAAGUUCACUCAAGAAUUGGCAAUCCACAUGAAAAGAGUUGUUGAUAUGCUGAUAUAUGUAACAACUAAAGCAAGUAGAGCUAGUUACGUAAUCGCUGCAAUGAAGAAUUGCAAAAGUUUCAUGUUGGCUUUGGAAGAAAGCGUUGAUUCGCCGAUCAAAGAACUUAGUGAGUCUGUUGACUCGUUAAUGAAAAUCAUUAGGGCUUCUUCUUAA